UGGUACUUGACGCCUUGUCCGCACCAUUACAGAAGAAGAGUUUCAUUCUUUCUCUGAGCUGGACGCCUACGACGUUAAAGAAUUCGAAAGAAAGUCCGGCUUUGCUUGACCAUUUAAAGAAAAUGACUGAGACUUCUGCCGGGACCAGCGAGUCAAAGGUUUUAAGAAUUUCCCCUUUGGCGGAUGAGUGGGGCUCAUCGAAAGGUGGACUAUCUACUCUAAACAGGGAGAUGUGCAAAGGGUUGGCUCAACUGCCUGAUGUAUCGGUGACCUUGGUUGUGCCAGAGUACACUGAAGAGGAAAAGGAAGACGCUUCAAAAUGUAAAGUCAACCUUACCAAGGUCGAAACAAUGACUGGUUUUACUCCUAUCCAGUCAUUAGCUUUUCCACCCAAAGAAUGUAAAUUCGACGUGGUAAUGGGUCAUGGACACAAGUUUGGACCGCCAGCACAAGUCGUAGCAAAGAAUCGGGGAUGCAAACGAGUGCACGUUGUGCACACCGCAAGUGAAGAACUCGCAAUGUACAAGAAACGUCAGCAGGAGACGAUCCCGGAAGGCGAAAAGAAGCACAAACUCGAGGUAGACCUGAGCAAGACUGCUGAUGUUAUUGUGGGUAUAGGACCAAAACUUACUGAGUCCAUUAAAAGCAGCCUUCGACCACACAAGAAGGAAAAAGACGUGAUAAACCUUACGCCAGGCAUUUUUCCAGAGUUCUCCGAACUAGAGCAAGCCCCUGAAGAAAGAGAGAAGUUUCGCACAUUGGUAUUUGGUCGUGGUAACGAGGAAGAUUUUGAACUGAAAGGCUACGACAUUGCCGCUCGCGCUAUAGCAGGCUUAAACGACCAUUCUUAUCAUCUUGUGUUCGUUGGUGCACCAGAAGGAAAGCAAGAGCAAGUAAAAGAGAGCUUACUUAAAUGUGAAAUCUCCCCUAGGCAGCUGACAGUGCGCAGUUAUCGAGAAAGCCGUGAAAGUCUGGCCGACCUCUUCUGUGAAGCUGAUCUGGCCAUAAUGCCAUCACGAACAGAAGGGUUCGGCCUUGCAGCUCUCGAAGCCCUCUCUGCCGGGCUUCCAAUCCUGGUGAGUGAUAACAGUGGAUUUGGACAAGCUCUGGAAAAGAUUCCCUUUGGUAUGUCUUUUGUGGUGGAAUCCGACGAACCCGAUGAAUGGGGAAGAGCCAUCAAGCGGGCCAGAAAGAAAUCAAGGGACGUACGCCUGGAGGAAGCUAAGGCUCUUCGGUAUUACUAUGACCGGAAGUACAAAUGGCUGGAGCAGUGCGAAACACUUGCGGAUAAACUACGCUAGUGUAAAUGAUCUACUGAGUACUGAACUAAAAACACUUAACAUUACGAAAGUUCAUAACAUUUUGGAGCGUUUCUUCAUAUAUCAAGGGAAACCAACUUUGUCAUUAGUACUGCUUGAAACUUUUCUUUAAACAAUUGUUAGAAGGCUUCUUCAAUGGACCGUAGAAAUAGAUGAAAAUCUACAUCUUUCUGUUUUCGGUUUAAGUGUUAUAACUUCAGAAACAAUUUUGAUGUUUAGUUUAGAUCCAUUUUGAUAUAUUUCAGUCAAAUCUGUUGGAGAAAGGAGCCAUUCCAGUCAACAUUUUAGCUAGAAAGAGUUGAAGGUUUUCAGAGCAAUUGUUGUGUUACCUUUACAGUGUGUCUGAUAAAAAUCUUUACAUUAUGACA